AUGGAGCCGCGCCUGGCUCUCCUGGCUUUAAUGGCGUUCGUGCUGGGGCAGGGUACUAGCGUUCUGCCCUUGACAUCGGCGUCGCAAACGACACAAGCGCCGCCACCAGCUCCAGCGUUAAUGAAUGCCCCGACUGCGCUUCCGACCGGCAGACGCCAGAUGGUAUCGAUGACAAAUCUGACCGUCGACCACGUGGGCGGCCGCCGGAUGGCGGUCGCGUGCGACGCUGGGUAUUACGACACGUGUGGUGGCCAUGAAAAGUAUUGGGCAUGCGGUUCGGUAUGUGCGAGCGGCGUAUACUGGGUUGAUGGUACUAGCCGUUGCUGCUGCCAGCUGGAACCACCGACGCCUGCUCCACCACCGACGCCACCGACACCAGCACCACCCGCCGCUUGCGCCUAUGAUUACACACACCUAGGAGCAGCAGACUGUGAUGCUGCGUGGGACUUGUACAGUCUUCCUUGCCAGACCCUUGAAGACACCUACUCGUGGAUUUGCACAGGGUGCGUUUGCCCAGGAGACGACAUGCCGACGACGUCCUGGACUCAGCACACUAUGAAGCAUUGUUCCGGUGAGAUAUUAGUAGGCUAUAGAUACUCAACGGUGGCGUUAGCACAAUCUCAGUGCUCAACGAUGAGCACCUGUUGGGGUGUGUAUGACGUUGGCUGUGAUGAGUCUUCGUACGAUGUAUUUCUGUGCAAUGCGUCUACGAUCGCAACAUAUUCCGACCUCGCAGCUUCAUCCUCCAGCUGUGUAUUUGAGAAGCCGCCUUCUCCGAUGUGGGCAGCAGUCAGCGGCGAGUGUACGUUGGACGGCCUCUGCGUGGAAAGCCCCAACUACCCACAGAGUUACAGCAAUAGUCAGACGUGCACAUUGGAAAUCAAUUUGGGGUCAGCGGAGCCCACCAUCCUAGUCGAGACCUUUGACACGGAGGCGUAUUUCGAUGUUCUCAUUGUCAACGGUGUUUCGUAUUCAGGGACGUCUGGUCCUACCGGCGUCACCCCGACAGAGACUGUCAUUUGGUCCUCUGACGCCAGCGUUGUCAGUAAUGGUUGGAGGCUGUGUGCCACCACCACGCCAGCACCUACGCCUGCUCCACCGCCGACACCACCGACGCAGCCGCCAGCACCACCCGCCGUGUGCGUCAGCAGUUAUAUAGUCUACGGAGUAGCAGCAGAUUGUGAUAUUGCGUGGUAUGUCCUUUCGUGGGAUUGCACAGGGUGCAGUUGCCCAGGAGACGUGCCUGCACCCACGCCAGCAAUCACGCCAGCACCCACGCAAGCAAUCACGCGGGCACCCACGCCAGCCGCGCCGGCGGUCUGCGUCCACAACUACACAGCCAAUGGAGCAGCAGAUUGUGAUGCUGCGUGGGACUUGUACAGUCUUCCUUGCCAGACCCUUGAAAGCAGCCUUUCGUGGGAUUGCACAGGGUGCAGUUGCCCAGGAGACGUGCCUGCACCCACGCCAGCAAUCACGCCAGCACCCACGCACGCAAUCACGCGGGCACCCACGCCAGCCGCGCCGGCGGUCUGCGUCCACGACUACACAGCCAAUGGAGCAGCAGACUGUGAUGCUGCGUGGGACUUGUACAGUCUUCCUUGCCAGACCCUUGAAGACUACUAUUCGUGGGAUUGCACAGGGUGCAGUUGCCCAGGAGACGUGCUGGCGCCCACGCCAUCAAUCACGCCAGCACCCACUCUUGCACCGACGCCUGACACGACGACUUCCUGGAUUCACACGUCGACCGCGACCGUGACGAGCACCACGACGCCGCUUUGGAUCGUGAGUAGCAGGCUGGAGUUUUCAAGCACAGGGACCACCGAGCAGGUGACCUCGACGGUGACGUCUCUCCUCACUGUCACGUUGAAUUUGGAAGAAGACCACUUGACGGUAGCUGUCCUCUCUGAUUCUUCCAAUUCGGCAAAUCGGCGGCUCUCCGCGCUAGCGUCAUGGGAGAUUGGUUUUGGUAUUGUCGUGCCUGAACAAUCCGCCCAGGAGAUGUUCCAAGCAGUGGAGACCAUGAGCGCGGACUCCAAUGGUACUGCAUUCGCGAUGUCGGCAGUUUUCGAAUCGGAGGGACUUGAAUUAGAUGAGGGUUCAUUGGUCGUCACAGAGCCAGAGAUGAAGAUCGUCACCGUCACCAUGACUACACAGAGCGCGACGUCUUUAACAGAAACGGGAACCUCUAUGACUACUACACCCACUACACAGAGCCAGAGCGUGACUUCUGCUACGACUGCCACGGCCACCACCGACUCCUCUAGCAGGACCAGUGCCACCACGGCCUCGAGCUAUUCCACGUCAAUGUCCAUGGCCUCCACAGAGACGGCGACGGGCUCCGUCACGCCAAGCACCACCGCUACAAGUGAGACGACCGCCAGCGUUGCAAAGGCAAGUACCACCACCGCUACGGAGACGGCCACAAACUAUCCGAGCGGCUUGCCAGCCCUGGAACAGCAACAAGACCUUGAGGCAUCGAUUCCAAUCAUCGUUGGUGUCAUGAUCCUCGCCUUGGUCUGCAGCGCAAUGAUUUACCUGAAGAUGCGCAGGCGUCGUGGCAGCAGCGUGGCAACUAAGCACAGUAUGCCGGAGAUGCAGGACGCGGAGAUAGGCAAUCCAGUCCCAGAGGCAGUCGAUUUGGAGCAAGAAGAAGGCAAUCACAACAAUGACAUCAGUGGCACAGCCGAGCACAUCAUGUGCGACUCGAAGAUUGGGCAUCCAGGAUCAGAGACCGUCGACUGGGAGCAAGAAGAAGGCAAUGACAACUGUGACAGUGCCCAUCUGGAGUCAGAGACCGUCGACCGUAGGCUAGAACAUUACAUUGAGAUUUGA